GGCGGCAGCCCGAGCGCCGCGCUCACCAUGGCCACGCAGGGCGAGCCCGGCUACCUGGCGGCGCAGUCGGACCCCGGCUCCAACAGCGAGCGCAGCACCGACUCGCCGGUGGCCGGCUCCGAAGACGAUCUGGUGGCCGCGGCGCCCCUGCACAGUCCCGAGUGGAGCGAGGAACGCUUCCGCGUGGACAGGAAGAAACUCGAGGCCAUGCUCCAAGCUGCAGCUGAAGGAAAAGGCAGAAGCGGGGAAGACUUUUUUCAAAAGAUCAUGGAAGAGACAAACACACAGAUUGCAUGGCCAUCCAAACUUAAGAUCGGAGCCAAAUCCAAGAAAGAUCCUCACAUCAAGGUUUCUGGGAAGAAAGAUGACGUGAAAGAAGCCAAAGAAAUGAUCAUGUCUGUCUUAGACACAAAAAGCAACCGCGUCACGCUGAAGAUGGAUGUCUCACACACGGAGCACUCGCACGUCAUCGGCAAAGGCGGCAACAACAUCAAAAAGGUGAUGGAGGAGACGGGCUGCCACAUCCACUUCCCAGACUCCAACAGGAACAACCAGGCUGAGAAGAGCAACCAGGUGUCUAUAGCAGGACAGCCCGCAGGAGUAGAAUCGGCCAGGUCGAGGAUUCGGGAGCUGCUUCCUUUGGUGCUGAUGUUUGAGUUACCGAUUGCUGGCAUUCUCCAACCAGUCCCGGAUCCUAACGCCCCCUCCAUCCAGCGCAUCUCGCAAACGUACAGCGUUUCUGUGUCGUUUAAGCAGAGGUCCCGAAUGUAUGGCGCUACUGUCAUAGUACGAGGGUCUCAGAGUAACACUAAUGCUGUGAAGGAAGGAACAGCUGUGCUAUUGGAACACCUUGCAGGAAGCUUGGCGUCCGCCAUCCCCGUGAGCACCCAGCUGGACAUCGCAGCCCAGCAUCACCUCUUCAUGAUGGGUCGGAACGGGAGCAACGUCAAACACAUCAUGCAGAGGACAGGGGCUCAGAUCCACUUUCCUGACCCUAGUAACUCACAAAAGAAAUCCACCGUCUACCUCCAGGGCACCAUUGAGUCUGUCUGCCUGGCAAGGCAGUAUCUCAUGGGGUGUCUUCCUCUUGUACUGAUGUUUGAUAUGAAGGAAGAAGUUGAAGUGGACCCACAGUUUAUUGCACAGCUCAUGGAGCAGCUGGACGUCUUUAUCAGCAUCAAACCAAAGCCCAAACAGCCAAGCAAGUCUGUGAUUGUGAAAAGUGUUGAGCGAAAUGCCUUAAAUAUGUAUGAAGCAAGGAAAUGUCUCCUCGGACUUGAAAGCAGUGGGGUUUCCAUAGCAACCAGUCUAUCCCCAGCAUCGUGCCCUGCCGGCCUGGCAUGUCCCAGCCUGGAUAUCUUAGCUUCAGCAGGCCUUGGACUCACUGGACUAGGUCUGUUGGGGCCCACCACCUUGUCCCUCAACACUUCAACCACCCCAAACUCACUCCUGAACGCUCUCAACAGUUCAGCCAGUCCUUUGCAAAGCUCAAGUUCUGGUACCCCAAGCCCUACACUGUGGGCACCCUCAAUGGCUAACACUGCAAGUGCCACAGGUUUCUCAGCUAUACCACACCUUAUGAUUCCAUCUACAGCCCAGGCUACAUUAACCAACAUCUUGUUGUCUGGAGUGCCCACUUACGGCCACACAGCCCCGUCUCCCCCUCCUGGCUUGACGCCUGUUGAUGUCCAUAUCAACAGCCUGCAGACAGAAGGCAAAACCAUCUCUGCUUCUAUAAACGGACACGUGCAGCCUCCAAACAUGAAGUACGGUACACUGCCCACUUCAUCGCUUGGGGAAAAAGUGCUGAAUGCGAAUCACAGUGAUCCAUCCAUGCAGGCAGCUGUGUCAGAACAAGCUUCUCCUAAGUCAAGCUCUGUGGAAGGCUGCAAUGACGCCUUUGUUGAAGUGGGCAUGCCUCGAAGUCCUUCCCACUCUGGGAACGCUGGUGACUUGAAACAGAUGCUGGGUCCCUCCAAGGUGUCCUGUGCCAAGCGGCAGACGGUUGAACUACUGCAGGGCACGAAGAACUCCCACCUACACAGCACUGACAGAUUGCUCUCAGACCCUGAGCUGAGUGCCACAGAAAGUCCCCUUGCUGACAAGAAGGCUCCAGGGAGCGAGCGUGCAGCUGAGAGGGCAGCGGCUGCCCAGCAGAACUCGGAAAGGGCUCGCCUGGCCUCGCAGCCACCAUAUGUCCACAUGCAGGCAUUUGACUAUGAGCAGAAGAAACUGUUAGCCACCAAAGCAAUGCUAAAGAAGCCAGUGGUGACUGAGGUCAGAACGCCUACAAAUACCUGGAGCGGCCUGGGGUUCUCGAAGUCCAUGCCGGCAGAAACCAUCAAGGAACUGAGAAGAGCAAACCAUGUGUCCUAUAAGCCCACAAUGACAACUGCCUACGAGGGCUCCUCACUGUCCCUCUCAAGGUCUAGCAGCCGUGAGCACCUGGCCAGCGGAAGCGAAUCAGACAACUGGAGAGACCGAAAUGGAAUAGGAGCCAUGGGUCACAACGAUUUCGCAGCACCGAUCGGCAGCCCCAAGCGCAAACAGAACAAAUCAAGGGAGCAUUAUCUUAGCAGCAGCAACUACAUGGACUGCAUUUCCUCGCUGACAGGGAGCAACGGCUGCAACCUGAACAGCUGCUUCAAAGGCUCUGACCUCCCUGAGCUUUUCAGCAAGCUGGGCCUGGGCAAAUACACAGAUGUCUUCCAACAGCAAGAGAUUGAUCUUCAGACAUUCCUUACACUCACAGACCAAGAUCUAAAGGAGCUGGGAAUUACCACCUUUGGUGCCCGGAGGAAAAUGCUUCUGGCAAUCUCAGAGCUAAGUAAAAACCGGAGAAAACUUUUUGAACCGCCAAAUGCGUGUACCUCCUUCCUGGAAGGUGGGGCCAGUGGGAGGCUGCCCCGCCAGUAUCACUCGGACAUCGCCAGCGUCAGCGGCCGUUGGUAGCGGCACCUUCUGGACAUCACACCUGCUAUCUGCAAAGGUGGACAUGAUCUGUGGACAGUGGUCACUGCACCCGUCCGUCCUUUGGCACUCCGGGUGUAUGGUAUCAGGACCAAAGUGUUGAAUUCGCACCUGUACUUCAUGGCAAACAAGGAAGACAAGAGAAGUGUCUCAUGUUGCCAUAAAAGCACCAAAGGGAGAAUGCCUUUUAAACUGGCAAUUGGACAGAAUUUGCAAAGUGAGGGUAGGGCUUUGUUUCUUUCUAUUUACCUAUUUUACAUAUGCACUGAUUUAUUUUUAUUUUUAUUUUUAUUUUUUACCUAAAAUGAAGGAGAAUUUGACAUCUGGGUUGCCAGAAAGCUUAGAAGUUAUUUUCUUUGCUUGAACCGUUUUGGUGUUUGGGGAUUUGAAAAGAAAAAUCAAAGUAUAAUUUUCUGCUUUAGAAUAAUGACUGAGGUCUUCCAGCACUUUACAGGGUCUCGUUGCUCGUCCUGUGGAAUCUGUCUCUCAUCUUCAUGUUCCUAUCAUUGGUACACAUCUUUUUCUGGCUCCAUCAAAUGUUUAUUUGAAAUGGUACUGGACAUCAAUUCGUUCCUGUGCAGAAUUUUGUGUGCUAUUGGGAAGUGGGGGCCACUUAGCUCUGGACCAAAUUCUGUUCAUUUGUGUCAGCAUCUUAGGAACCAUUGGCUAUGACUGUAGUCCACUGGCCAGAUACAAAGACAGACCAAAUGGACUUUGCAAUGCAGUUGUCAUAGUUAGCUGCUGUUGUAUUGCUAAAAUGAUCUUAAUGGUUGUCUAGAGGCCAAUGGGCUGGUCUUUUAGUAUACUGCCACUAAAGGACAUUUAUUUAUAUCAAACUUUUAUUUUUAGAUAUUAUAAGCAUACAGUAGAUAAUGAUGAAAUUGAUAUUUUCUAGAGAUUUAUGGGUAGAGAAAUGAGUUGCAUUCAUAACUGGAGCCCUAGGUUGUCACUUUAUUUAAAAAGACAAGUAACCAUUUGACGAGACAGCACUGCUGCCAUUAUGAAGAGAAGAGUCCCCCUCUUUCCCCAGAAGCCCCACUCACCGUGGGUCGUGGGACUUUCCUGAAAGUGCCUUCGUCCUCUUGAAGUCAACUGGGAUCAGUUGGGAACAGAA